UGUUCCUCAUAAAAACAAAAAAUUAAUAAACAUUAAAUAUGUUUAAUUGUUUUAUUGAAUAAUUUUUUGUGUAAUAUUUGACUUGCUAUAACAUAUUUCUCAGAAAUUUGUAUAUGAAGUGCCUACAAUUGUUGGUAUGAUUUUAAAUUAGUCCAACUUCAAAAGGUUUGGGAAGCACUGCUCUGUAGGAUCGCGGUGAGACCGACAACAGAGGCAGGAACACGGAAGUACCCCGAGAAAACCUGCCCGCACACAGAGUCCGUCUCGCAGUGAAACAUCGCAGCUUGAUCCCAGCCAGGAACUGAACUUGUCGCCAGGUUCGAAGGUGCGCAGUCUCAUCGUUCCACCACCGCAGCCUCCACGUCAAUGACGUAAGUGUGGUGACUCCAUGUAACGCCACAGUGCUGGAAGCCACGACACUUCGAGGAUCCCGUGGCAGCAUGAGUCCGCGGUGGUUUGCCUUUGCCUGUCGUGGUAGUGUGGAGAUAAAGAGUCGACGCAACACACAGUCCUCACAGUCCUGGGCCUGAGAAGGAAAUCUUCCAUGAGUGUACAGAUCCCAAAUCUCGAUGGGAAUCGAACCUGAAACUUUUGGCACACCAGCCUGAAAGUUCGCACCAGCGGACCAAAUGGCCGGACACAUUUCAAUAACUAGGCACAAAUCACACAUAAAACUAUUUUUAAUAUACUCUAAUUAUGUCAUGUAAAGUUUUUACUCAUGCCGGCAUACCUACUGUGGUAAAAUUUUCACUGGGGAAAGAAGUAAGUAAGGAAGAAGAAAGAGAUGCACAGAUCACUUGUUAGGGGCACUAGUUCAUUUCACAAGCAGAGUCAUUGAGAGAAACUAGGGCCUGGGGACAAAUAAUUUCAUUGGGUCCCCUCCUCAUUACUUGAAGUGCAAAUUUUCAAAACCAACAUUGAAAAAAAAUAUAUAUUUUUUUUUGUUUUUCCUUAACUGUUACUGUAGCUAUAUCUGUAAACUUUACCACCUGUGGCUAUCACAUAAAUGCUAAGGUUUCCAAUGGAUUCUGUUAGCAAUAAAUUUGUAAUUUUCAUCCAACUAUCUGCAUAAAAGCAUGCAUUAAAAACUAUCUCGCAACUCAACUGGGCCUCCCUUGUGUGCAUCCCCCCUCCCCUCAUUAUUCAAUGGCCCUUUUCACCAGUCUUAAUGGAGGCUUAGUCAAACCAACAACCAUUUUCAUUUUUUUACAUCAUGUGCACACAUUAAAUUAAGCAGUCUACUUUUACCAAGUAGGCUAAAAUUAUUCACAGGCAAAACUAUUCUGUUGAAGAUAACAUCUGUAGGGUUAUUAGUUAGGUAUUUGGUUAAAUUCUAUACUCAAAAAAUAAAACAUUUAGAAUUAUAAAGUUUUUUUUUUUGUGAGUUCUGGCUAAUUUUGAUUACAGUUGUAAUUUAGCUUCUUAAAUGAUUGAUCACAUUUAUUGUGGAAUGAAACGACCAGUCCGCCUGGUUGAUAAACGAGGCACCGUUGCCGGACGAUAUCUGUGCUGGUUCUUUAUCUCUGUGAGAGUUCUAGAUAAAGGCCCGUAUCUGUCAGAUGGAGGAGUUAACAGCGGCAUUAGUCACGCCGCGCGGGCUGCCUGGUGUGAAAUGCAACCUUCAGGCGCCCGUGCUCACUGCGGACACGCCUAUCACGCUGCGUAGUCCGCGCCGCCCUGCACGGACUGUUUGGUGAGUCCGGCGCCGGCUGUGUGCUUUCUGUCCGUGCAUCACUGCUCUCUGUGGGAGCUCACAGGCUCGCCGACGUGCAACGACGCGCGAGGACGGCAUCAUGGCCUCCAGAGCCAUCCAGAUCCUGCAGACCCAGGACAACACCGUGACGCACUUCAACCGGGACGCCCUGCAGGCCAUCUUCACGCUCGACGAGGUCCGGGACAAGCACGUUGUGAUCGUGUCCAUAUCGGGCAUCUUCGGCAAGGGGAAGUCCUUCCUGCUCAACUACAUGCUGCGCUACUUGUACAACCAUUGCAGCUCCCAGUGGCUGGACGACAAGGACGUGCCGCUGGAGGGCUUCUCGUGGGGCGCGCACAGCAAGCGCGAGACCACUGGCCUGCUCAUGUGGUCGCAGCCGUUCCUCAUCACCGUGCCCAGCGGGGAGCAGGUGGCGGUGAUCCUCAUCGACACGCAGGGCACGUUCGACAUCGAGACGAUCGUCCAGGAGUGUGCGACCGUCAUCAGCCUCAGCCUGCUCAUCAGCUCCGUGCAGAUAUUCAACCUGUCGCGCAACAUCACCGAGAACGACCUGCAGCACUUGCUGCUCUUCACGGAGUACGCCCGCCAGCCGCUGGGGGACGACUGCGACCGGCCCUUCCAGACCCUGCAGCUGCUGGUGCGCGACUGGGCGACCCCGCACCUCGCCCUGUUUGGCCCCGACGGGGGGCAGCAGCUGUUCGGCCAGCUCAUGAAGACUAAUGUGCAGCAAACUGAAGAGGCACAGUGGAUGAGAAACAGGAUACGCUCAUCCUUCAGUAAGAUAUCCUGUUACCUGAUGCCGCAUCCCGGCAAGAAAGUGACCAUCGAAGAGAAUUACAACGGGAAGAUUGCAGACGCGCGGCCGCAGUUCAGGGAUCAGCUGGCGAGGCUGGUGCCCCUGCUGCUGUCCCCGGAGAGCCUGCAGGGCUCCAUCAAGGUGUCCCAGGGCCGCCCGAUCACGGCCGGCGAGCUGUGCCAGCUCUUCGAGGCCUAUGUCGACUUCUUCAGCAGCCGCCAGCUGCCCGUGGCCAAGCCCACCUCCGCGGCCGCAGCGGACGUUCGCAACUUGAAGGUGGUGUCGCAACUCGCCGAGGUCCAGUUCAGGUUCCUGAGCAUUAUGUUCCGCGGCGCCGAGAGCUGCUACAUCGACCCGGACUACGUCGGCAGCAUCGACGACACGGUGAAAGCUGUCAUCUUGAAGAUGUUCAGCGACGAGCGCUGCAUCGGAGGUCCCGAGCUGGCACAGAAGCACAAGGAGAAACUGGAACAGACGAUGGACCUGCAGUCGGCGAGCCUGCAGAGCAGCACGGCCGAGCUGGAGCUGAUGUCUGAGGGCGUCUGCGGCGACGUGCUGGCCAGCCUGAGGGCCAGCCUGCACGGCGCGGCCGGCGACACGGAGGAGGCCACGGCGACCCUGGAGGGCAUCGGCGCGGCGCUGGCACGCUACGACGCGGAGGGCAGGCUCGCCCUCAGGCUGGACGGCGCGGACGAGGCCGUGCGGGAAGCCGUGCAGGCAGGCCGGCGGCUGGCCGAGGACGACGGCCGGUUCACGGACCUGGUGGAGGACCUGUGCGCAGCGCUGGAGCGGGACUCGGGCGCGGCGUCGCGCCAGGCCGCGGCCAAGAUCGAGGGCCUGGGCGUGGCGCUGGCCGUGCUCAGCGCCGGGGACCGCCGCGACGCGCACAGGCUCUCGGCCGACGAGAUCGACGCGCUGUACGCCAAGGUGGAGAAGGGGCGGCUCCAGCGCCCGUCCGCACGGCCGGACCUCGUCUCGCGCCUCACGCCGCGCGAGAUGCGCGUGCUCAAGGUCAAGAAGAACAUAGCCAUGGUGUUCCCUUUCUACAACUUCUGAAGUGGCAACCCACCAACACUUGACUUACAAAGAUGUCUAUGAGGCUUCAUGGUAGGCAGGGGCGCAACAACAAGGAGGGGGGGGGGGCAAGGGU